AUGGUCGCCGACGGCACAACCCCCACACCCGUGGGGACCAUGUCGUUCCCCGUCCUCGCCCCGUCCGACAUUGACCACGUCGCGGCCACCAUCCUCCACCUCUUCCACCCGGCAACGGCCUCCAACCCGACCCUCGCCAAGCAGCUCCAGCAACAGCUGCAAGAACUCCAGGCAAGGCCAGAGGCAUGGGGUCUCAUUGCCGGUCUCGCCAACCACAGCGACGCCAACGUUCGCUUCUUCUCGGCGCACACUGCACAGGUCAAGAUCUCGCGCGACUGGGACACUCUCCCAGCACCGCUCCAGCCGUCGCUCUUGGGUCUUCUCCUCAGCACCCUCUCGUCCGCCAUUGACCCCACAAACGCAAACACCUAUCAACCUGCAAACGCCGUCGUGGUCCGCAAGCUGUUUGGCUGUCUCGCUUCCCUUCUCCUCCGCCUCCCCUUCUACCAGUUCCCCGACCCCAUCUCCACCGUUCUCCAGACUCUGUCCACCGCCCUCGCCCGUGCGACCCAGCUGCCGCCCAGCGCCCCCGUCUCCGGCUACAACACACCGACGCACCACCCUCAUCACACCCUUGACGAUGAGGCACGUCUGCGGUCACGUAUGCGUCUAUGGGCGCUCGAAUGGUGUGGAAUCUGUGUCGAGGAGAUUGCCCGCGCCGGCAUCAGCGAGCAAAAGCGCAACGCACUGCGCAAGCACAUCGAAACGGACAUGCCUGCAGUCAUGACCACCAUCACAGAAUCUAUGACGGGCCAGCUCGACCAAAAGGCUGCCGAGGCGGCAUGCAAGUGCGCCGAGUCAUGGAUCAACUAUGGCCUCGGCGCCGACGAACUCGCCGCCCUCCUUCCACACCUCUACGCCCUCCUUCCACUGCCAGCAGCGUCAUCCACACUCGUCGAGGUGCUGUCCGAAAGCAUCUUCAAGUAUGGCAAGGGCACCAAGAUUAUCACCGAGCCGCUUCUCGCAUGGGUCAUCAGUCCCGCAGGACAGUCCCUCCUUAACGACGACGACUCUGAAGAAGUCCUGGCCUUUACCAAGAUGCUGGCGGCACUGGUCGAGCACUCGUCUGAAUGGCUGGUGGCACGGCUGCAACAGGCCGACGUGCAGGCAUUCUUGCGCACCAUCCUGCGUAUAACGGGAUGGAAGGGAAGCGGUGGUGUCGACGAGUCGGUAUCGGAGCUCACACUGCCCAUCUAUCCUUUAAUCCAAGAAGCCAUCAUGGACUCGGACGUGUUCUCAGAGCCGCACGAAACAAGCGCCAGCUGGGCGAUCGCAAAGGGCUUUUUCCGCGAGCUCGUCGAUGUCACGCGGCGCAAAGUGCGGUGGCCAGGCAGCGGCGAAGAGUCUAGCCUGGGAGGCUUGGACCGCGAGGAACGCGAGGCAUUCGACACUUGGCGCCGAGACGCUGGCGAGGUCAUUGUCGGUGCCUACUACAUUCUCCGCGACGAGAUGCUCGCGUCAUUGACUCAGACUGCGACGGAGCAGAUUGCAGCCGGCGCUCCAUGGCAAGACAUUGAGGCUACUCUCCACUGCAUCCGGUACUCUGGCGAAGGUGUGCCCCUUGGUGAGGACAAGAGCUUGCCGAUCAUCUUCUCCGAGCAGGUCAUCAACCGUCUCUUGCAACGGCCACUCGCUGGCCUGGGUGAGGAGCGACUUCGUUUGACCGUCGUGUGCCUCAUCCGCGCGUACGAGGAAUGGUUCAAGUUUCACCCCGAACACCUCCUCCCCGUCCUUUCCUACCUCGUCCCCUCGCUCACUACCUCGCACCUCGUAUCGCGCUCGGCCGCCGAUUCACUCAAGGCGUUGUGUGACAUUUGCCGCACAAAACUUGUUCAACAUAUUGGCGCAUUUUCCGAGCUCCACGGCAAGAUUGGCGACCUGGGCGGUGACGAGCAGACCAAAGUCAUCGAGGCUAUCACAAGCGUCAUCCAGGCGCUGCAACCCAUUGACGCCGUAGGCCCCGUGCAAGGUAUCCUUGGGCCCAUUGUGGAGCGUCUCGGCCAAGCCGGCCAAGCCGCAGCGACUGCCCCCAAUCGAGCCGACGCAACACCCCUCCUGGUUCAAUCGAUGAACGCGCUCACGGCGUGCUUCAAGGGCCUGUCCCCUUCUGACGACGACAUGUUUGACUCGCUGGACGGUGACGAUGACGUCAAGGCUGCUGCUAUUGCCACGGCCCGCGCAGACCCGGGCAUGACGGCGCUGAGGGCCCAGACCGAGCAGGCCAUCUCUGGCGUUGUGGCAGUAUGGAACGGCGACAGCGAGGUGGCCGACUCUAUCUCGUCGUUGCUCAAACAGGCCACUUUGUCGUCGACCGAGACUCUCAUCUCUCUGUCCCCCUUGCCACUCCUUUCCCUUGUCUGCGCCGCUUGCGAGCGCUCACCGUCGGCACUGUGGAUGUCACUCGCAUCGACUCUUACCUUGAGGAUCGGUACCGCCACCUCGCCGCUCCAGCUGAAAAAGGACAAGUCGCAAGUUGAAGAGCAGCAAAAGCUUGAAGAGGACCGCGAGCGCUGGAACGUUGUCGCCGACGCGGCGCAGCGUCUGGCGUCCAUGGCGGGGCAGAUGCUGGGUCCUGACGGCGGCAUGCACGAUAACCCGGACGUCGUCGAGUCGUGGUUCAAGUUUUCCUCGGCUGUUGCCUCGCGCUACCCCGGUGUCCUCUUGCGCCUGCCCGAGCCCGUCGUCCAAGUCUACAUGUCCCUCGGCGUCAUGGGUCUUGGCACGCAGGAGCGCUUCUCACUGAAAACGGCCGCCGAAUUCUUCAUUGCUCUCUUUGCCAACACGCGCUAUCCAUCACCACUCGAGAGCGCCACCGAGUCUCUGAUCAACGUGUUUGGUCCCCGCAUCCUACGCGCGCUCUUGCUGUCCGCUGGCUCCGAGGGCCCGCGCUCUGUCAUUCCCAACCUGGCUGAACUGUUGGCUUCGCUCGUCACCCGCGUUUCCGGACCCGACAUGUCGUCCUGGCUCGACGUGAUUUUGGGUGAGCCCAACUUUCCCGAUGCUCGGGCCACAACCGAGGCCAAGUCCAGGCUCAAGGGCCACAUCCUGCGUUCGCGAACGACGCGCAAGAUGCGUGAGGCGCUGCAUGAGUUUGCCCUCGUCGCUCGUGGUCUGGCCAACACGACCUAUGGUAACGCGACCGCCGUGUGA